AGUGUGCUCGAGGGUUGAGUGGCUGUGACCGUGUGUGUGUGUGAGUGAAUGUGUGUGUCGCGCAGAUUACAAAGAGGAGUCCACGGACCGAGAGCGCGCGGCGGCGCCCCGCAACCUGCGACACAAUGUAGCGAACCGAAAUCGCACAAGAGAGUCUAGUUUGACCGGACCGGACCGAAGUGAACUGAACUAUGCCCAGCGCCGACAGAACUUUACCUGAACUCGAGAGGAACUCUUUCUUUCACUGCGAAAUGGCAGAGAGAGGUGGUGAUGUGAACACCCUCAGCGUGCCAAUGGUCAUGCGUAGAGGAGGUUCAGAGACUUGUUUAGAUCUGGAUUCUAAUCUGGUGGUACGGGACACCCCACGAUCACGCGCUGGUCUGAACACCCUACAGCAGAAAGUGCUGAAAGUGAAAGAGCAGCUGAGAAUUGAGCAAAAUUUACAGGAUGAGAACGUGGCUGAGUAUCUCAAACUCAUUAACAGUGCCGACAAGCAGCAGAGCAGCCGCAUCAAACAAGUGUUUGAGAAAAAGAACCAGAAAACGGCACACAAUAUCGCUCAGCUUCAGAAGAAGCUAGAGCAGUAUCAACGGAAGCUGAAGGAGUGGGACCUCUCAAAUUUGACCAAACACAUGCCACCACACUCCAAAGAAAAUGAGCUGCUCAAAGACAACCCCAAGGACAGUGUGGUCACAGGAAGUGGGCACCACUCACAUUUGGAGAAAGUCAAAACUAUCGGUCCGGGAGUUUCACUGUCGCCACCGUUCUUCUUCAGCAAGUCCAAAGGGAUUGCAAACCUCAUUCGCAACAAAUUUGGUAGCGCGGACAACAUUGCACACCUGAAGAGCACCAUGGAUACAGGAAGUGGGCUGCAGGUGGAAGGGGGGGCCCGAAAUCUGAGCGGCAGCGCCACCAUAACCCCUAAACCCAAAUAUCCAAGCGAUGACGAGUGCUCCACAGAGACGUCAAUGUCCAUUGAGAGUAAUGGUCAUGUGACUGGAUCAGGUGUGCCAGGGUCUGGGAGAGAAGAGGGCCAAGGGGAAAACAGCAGCCGGCUGGUGGAAGCCUGGGAGGAGAUCAGGGACCUGAGAGAAGCUCAGAAUCUACUGUCAGAAGACAUUGACACGCUGAAGACCCAGUUUAGAUGUGAAUUUGACAGUAUUAUGCAAACACUACAAGAGGAGCGAUUCAGGUGUGAGCGGUUGGAAGAACAGCUGAACGACCUCACAGAGCUCCAUCAAAACGAAACCGGAAACCUCAAACUGGAGCUAGCCAGCAUUGAAGAGAAGAUGGCCUAUCAAGCUAAUGAACGAGCACGGGAUAUACAGGAUGCUUUAGAAGUUUGUCAGACGCGAGUGAGUAAGUUGGAGUUACAGCAGCAGCAGCAGCAGGUUGUGCAGUUGGAAAGCGCCGACGCCAAAGUGCUGCUGGGAAAAUGCAUCAACAUCAUGCUGGCCAUCGUCACCGUGAUCUUGGUGUGCGUCUCCACUGCUGCUAAGUUUUCCGCUCCACUGAUGCGGAGUCGUCUACACAUGUUCGGGACUUUCGUAUGCGUGUGUCUGCUGCUGUAUAGCUGGAGCAACUGGGAGCAUCUGCAGUGUGCAAUAGAACGAAUGCUGCUGCCCAGAUGAGGGACGCGAAACAUGCAUGUUCAGUGAUUUUAUCCUCCUGGGAUCUUCCCUUCAUAAUGUGACUGUCCCAAGACAAUGGCUUUAACACGUUCUUUCGUUUCUUCUUUUUUUUUGGUCUGUUGUGUUUUUGUGUGUUUGUGAAAGAGUAUUCAUGAUGUACUGUAGCAGAAACGGAUCCACCUCUGUGACUAUACUGUGUUAUCUCAAAUAACUUUGUUAUAUAAUAUUUCAUCCUGUAAUCAUAAGAACAAAAUAUUUUGCGUAAAGAACAUGAAGAAUAAUUAGAGACCAUAGAUUUAUUAUUAUUAUUUUUUUUUUUUUACUGUGACAUUAUUGUCAUGAUUUUUUCAUGGGUGGUUUACUUUUGAGGAAUUCUCAUUAUUAUUAUUAUUCUCAAUGUUCUUCAUUAUUCUCAUUAGUCUUAUUACUGUGAUGUAUUUGAUUUGAAAACAAUAUUUUUUUUUUCUAAUUUUUUAUAAUACGAUUUGUAUUGCAGUAAUGAGAAUGAGAAUGCAAAAAAGGUAACAGUCUUAAAAAAAUGCUUGAUUCUUUAUGCAGUAAAAUGUAUGCUUAUUUUUUUUAUUUUUAAUGUUAAAAUAGAGAACAAAUACGGACAUGUUUUAGACACAGUUUUAUCCGUUUACUGUUUUCUAGCAUUAUUUGUACUACUGAAAUGGCCUGAAGUUCUUUUCACUAGCACUUUAAACACAGUGCCCAGGUUUAUGAGAUUCUGUGUGGGGCUUUUUUUGAUUUAAUUGUAUUAUUAUUCUUUAGUCUGAGAAGUGGUUCUCUGUACUGACCACAGAAGAUGGAAACACUGUCUUUUUGUUUGUUGUGUAAUAGAAAUGCCUUGGGGUUAUAGAAACUAGAACAUAAGAAGGACACAAAUUUCAAACAAAAAGGAAAAAAACUUAUGUAACAUAUUCUGAACUGUUCCUCAUUGGAGUUAGAAUUACUAUUUUUAUAUACAUUUUUUUUUAUUUGCUUUGUUUAAUGUAUAAUUGAAUGAUUCCCACCAUGCAAACUGAUUUCAGCAUCAUUACCACUGUCUGUUUGAGUGUGUGCCUGUCUGUGAUUUUGACUGAAGAUUGUAUAAGCCACUAAAUCUGAAUUUACCCAUCAACCUGAACUAAAAUGUGGUGUGUAAAUAGAGUUUUAGAGGCCUUUUUACCUUUAAGCAUGGGGAAAGUGAUUUUAUUUUAUACAGUGUCCAUGUGGUAGGAGACUGGUCUGGUCUUAAAUAUGGUCUAAACCUAAAAUAAACGGCCUCAUUUUUACUGAAA